CGUGUCAUUUCCUCCUUGCGCUCGCUCGCUGCCCGAGCGUCUCCAGCCAGGAGAGUAGGCGGAGCAGGGCGGUGCGGGGUGGCGUAGCGCUGGAGGGCUAUGGUGGUGGAGCCGCUGGGGGCGGAGGCAACGUAGCCCCCGCGGAAAAGGAGCCCCGCGGCCCUGAGCCGAGCGGAGGAUGGAGAACCGGCCUGGGUCCUUCCAGUACGUCCCUGUGCAGCUGCAAGGGGGGGCACCCUGGGGCUUCACCCUUAAGGGGGGUCUGGAACACUGCGAACCGCUCACAGUGUCUAAGAUUGAAGAUGGAGGCAAGGCAGCCUUGUCGCAGAAGAUGAGGACUGGUGAUGAGCUGGUGAAUAUCAAUGGCACACCAUUGUAUGGCUCCCGCCAAGAGGCCCUCAUCCUCAUCAAAGGCUCCUUCCGGAUCCUCAAGCUGAUUGUCAGGAGGAGGAACGCCCCCGUCAGUAGGCCACAUUCAUGGCAUGUGGCCAAGCUGCUGGAGGGAUGCCCUGAAGCAGCCACCAAUAUGCACUUCCCUUCUGAAGCCUUCAGCUUGUCCUGGCAUUCCGGCUGCAACACGAGUGACGUGUGUGUGCAGUGGUGUCCACUUUCCCGGCACUGCAGCACUGAGAAAAGCAGCUCCAUUGGCAGCAUGGAGAGCCUGGAGCAACCAGGCCAAGCCACCUAUGAGGGCCACCUCUUGCCCAUUGACCAGAGCACAUACCCCAAUCAGCGUGACUCAGCCUAUAGCUCCUUCUCGGCCAGCUCAAAUGCCUCUGACUGUGCCCUUUCCCUCAGGCCAGAGGAGCCAGGCUCUGUGGACUGCAUCAUGCAAGGCCCAGGGCCAACUAAGGCCCCUAAUGGCCAGCUUAAUGUGGCCGAAACCUCAGGAGGUGGCCGGCAUACCAGUGGGAGCCACUUGACUCCUAGCUCCCAGAUAUCAUCCCAUCCACAGGAGGUCCACCACUCAGGGCCUGCCAAGGCUGCCAGGGGUCCACCACAACCUCCAGUGAGGCGAGACAGUCUUCAGGCCUCCAGAGCCCAACUCCUCAGUGGAGAGCAGAGCAGGGCUUCUGAGCUUGUGGACUCCUUGCAACAGAAGGAGAAACCUAGCUUGGACACCAUGCUAUCCCCAAGGAACCCUAACAGGUUCUGCUGCCUCAGCGGGCAAGACCAAGUGACAAAUGAGGGCCAUCAGAACUGUGAGCUCAGCCAACUUCCUGAAUCCAGCCAGAAGGGCUCUGAGCAUCUACUGAUGGAGGCCUCGGCCAAAGCUGUUGGAUUCCCAAAAGCAUAUGACAAAGCUUCCAGCACGGAUUCCAGCCCACUUAACCAGGCUUCAGCAGAACUAGCUAAGGCUUCUUCUUUUGGCGGCCCUCCACACCUCACAGGACAUCGCCAUAGUGCCCCUGAAGAGCUACUGGCGUCCCACUUGCAGCAUGUGCACCUUGAUACUAGGGACAGCAAGGGGACGGAGCUUCCAGCUGGGCAGGAUGGGCAGGAGUGGACUCUAUCCCCUUUGCACAGUAGCCACACAGGCAAGAAAAGCCCAUGUCCCCCUGCAGGAGGAACCCAGGACCAGCCCAGCAAAGAGAGAAAGACCAGGCCAGUGGAUGAUAGACUUCUGGGUUCGGGGCAUCAGAGCCCAAGCAGUUCCCCACAUGGAGAGGCUGAUGGACAUCCGCCAGAAAGAAGUUUCCAGGACCCAAACAGAGCAAGCAGAGCUGACAGUGAAUUGGCCAGCCAGCAGUCCUCUGCCUCUGGCUCCCUUGUUCAACAAACCACUAAAGUAGCUGGCCGCACAGAGACAACUGAAGAAGGGGACAGUGAGCCCAAGGAGUGUGGCCGGGUGGGUGGUAGGCGAAAUGGAGGGACCCGGGGCCGCUCAAUACAAAACCGGCGGAAGAACGAGCGUUUUGCUACCAAUCUACGUAAUGAAAUUCAGAGGAGGAAGGCCCAGCUCCAGAAAGGCAAGAGUCCCUUGUCACAGCUGUGUGACACCAGGGAGCCAGUGGAAGAGACCGAGAAGUGCCUAGAAAGUCCUCCACUUCCUGCCUCUAACUCAUCCCUUCUAUCUUCGUAUAAAAAACCACCUAGCCCCAGAGACAAGCUCUUCAACAAGAGCAUGAUACUCAGGGCUAGGUCUUCAGAGUGCCUCAGCCAAGCCCCUGAGGGCCAUGAAUCUAGGACGGGCUUGGAGGGACGAAUGAGCCCUAGCCAGAGACCUGGCCAGUCCUCUUUGAGCCUGAACACCUGGUGGAAAGCAUCUGACCCAUCCUCCUCAGACUCUGAAAAAACAAAUGUUCACCGUGGAGUCUGUGGAGGUCACUGGAGAUGGCCGCCAGAGCACAACCUGCAGCCACAUGUGGCACUAGCCGUGGAAAACUCUUCCAACCCAGGUGACAAGGAAUUGAAGGCUUCUACUGCCCAAGCUGGGGAGGAAGCCAUCCUCUUGCCCUUUGCAGACAGAAGAAAGUUCUUUGAAGAGAGUAGCAAAUCCUUAUCUACAUCUCAUUUGCCAGGUUUAACCACUCAUAGCAAGACUUUUACCCAGAGACCAAAACCUGUUGACCAAAACUUCCAGCCAAUGAGCUCCAGCUAUAGGGAAUUGAGGCGCCAUCCCAUGGACCAAUCAUAUCACUCCACAGACCAACCCUGUCAUGCCACAGACCAAUCAUAUCAUUCCAUUUCACCCCUUCAGUCAGAAACUACCACUUACAAAGAAUGUUUUGCAAGCAAAGGUCUAGAACAAUCCAUGUGUUGUAAGCCACUACACUGUGGUGAUUUUGAUUACCGCAGGACGUGCUCUUACUCCUGCAAUGUCCAGGGAGCUGUAGUCCAUGACCCUUGCAUUUAUUGUUCUGGGGAAGUCUGCCCUGCUUUGCGAAAGAGAAAUAUGAUGCCAAACUGCUACAACUGCCGGUGCCACCACCACCAGUGUAUCCGGUGUUCAGCUUGUUAUCAUAAUCCCCAGCAUGGUACCCUUGAGGACAGCAGCUUGGCACCUGGCAACACUUGGAAACCCAGGAAUCCAACAGUGCAGGACUUUCCUGGGGACAAAUGGAAGCCAAUAACAGGAAACAGGAAGACCAGCCAGUCAGGGAGGGAAAUGGCUCAUUCCAAGGCUAGCUUUUCAUGGGCAACCCCCUUCCAUCCUUGCUUUGAGAACCCAGCACUGGACUUGUCAAGCUACCGAGCAAUCUCUUCUCUUGACCUCCUUGGAGACUUCAAGCACUCCUCAAAAAAACCAGAGGAAACCUCCGUUUAUGAAGAGGAUAGCUCCCUAGCCUCCAUGCCCCACCCACUGCGGGGCCGGGCCUUCUCAGAGAGCCACAUCAGCUUGGAUCCUCAGAGCUCCCGGGCCUGGGGGCAGCAUAGGAAGGAGCUCUUUACCAAAGUUGAUGAGAUCCAGCCAGAUCCUCUGGGUGCCAGGAAGAAGGCCUUUCCUCCUCCUCGCCCUCCUCCUCCCAACUGGGAGAAGUACAGGCUCUUUCGUGCAGCCCAGCAGCAGCAGCAACAGCAGCAGAAGCAGCAAAAGCAGCAGCGAGAGGAGGAGGAAGAGGAGGAGGAAGAGGAAGAAGAGGAAGAGGGGGUGGAGGAGGAGGGGGAGGAGGAAGAGCUGCCACCCCAGUAUUUCAGUUCAGAAACCACUGGUUCCAGUGCCCUCAAUCCUGAGGAGGUCCUGGAGCAGCCCCAACCGCUGGGCUUUGGCCACCUGGAGGCUUCAAGGCAGGGCUCACAAAGCCUUCCAGCAGAGCAAGGGUCCUUUGCUCUCCAUUCCAGCAAUUUCCUGCCUCCAGUAAGGGGCCAUUUGGGAUCUCAAGCUGAGAAGGCUCUGCCCCCUUGCUAUUAUGGCAUUGGUGGGCUUUGGAGAACAUCAGAGCAGGAGACCACUGAUUCCCCCAAACCAGAAGCUUUGAUGGCAGAAGAGUCCAAACCUAAGCCAGCAUGGAGCCAGAGCUACUUCUUUCCUGAGGAGAAGUUCUCUUUCAUGGGCUGGGGCUCCGAGAAGCAGCACCUCAACCCCGCAGCCUUCAGUGAACCCAAGACAACAGGACAAGAGUUUCAGCACUUCUCACCUCCCCAGGGUGCCCCAGGGAUCCCUACCUCUUAUUCAGCUUAUUACAAUAUUUCUGUGGCCAAAGCAGAGCUGCUGAACAAGUUGAAAGACCAACCCGAGAUGGCAGAGAUUGGCCUGGGAGAGGAGGAAAUUGACCACGAACUGGCUCAAAAAAAGAUUCAGCUCAUCGAAAGCAUUGGCAGAAAACUUUCAGUCCUGCAGGAGGCCCAGCGAGGAUUGCUGGAGGACAUCACUGCCAAUUCUGCCCUUGGGGAGGAGGUGGAGACCAACCUAAAAGCCGUCUGCAAAUCCAAUGAGUUUGAAAAAUACCGUUUGUUUAUUGGGGACCUGGACAAAGUAGUCAACCUGUUGCUGUCGCUCUCUGGUCGACUGGCCCGUGUGGAAAAUGCUCUCAACAGCAUCGAUUCAGAGGCCAACCAGGAGAAGUUGGUGCUGAUAGAGAAGAAGCAGCAGCUGACAGGGCAGUUGGCAGAUGCCAAGGAGCUGAAGGAGCACAUGGAGCGCCGGGAGAAGCUGGUGUUUGGUAUGGUCUCCCGCUAUCUGCCUCAGGACCAGCUCCAAGAUUACCAGCACUUUGUGAAGAUGAAAUCUGCUCUCAUCAUUGAACAGCGAGAGCUGGAAGAGAAGAUCAAGCUCGGGGAAGAGCAACUCAAAUGUCUCAGGGAGAGCCUACUCCUGGGGCCCAGUAAUUUCUAAUUCCACCAGCAGACUGCCUGCACCAUCCCUGCCCCGCCAUGAUGGGAAGCGCUUUCAAUCCUUGUUAGCACUUUGUUAGCAAGUAGAUAACAGUUAGUUAGCAGUUUGUUCCAUAUUCUUUACCCUGUACGUCUCUCACUACCCCUUAACCUAGCAGUGUUCCCAACCAACUAAGAGGACCUGGGGAGGCACCAAGCUUCUACCCAAGGGAGUAGAAGCAAGAAGCAGGAGCUGCAGCAAAGUGUGAUCAUACAACCACACUCUCCUUCCCACAGUUUGCACGGCCAAGCAUUCACCACACACAGGACCAACAAAAUGCCUUCAUUAUCCUUUGUACUAGGACACCAGGAACAUCAUGUACUCAGCCCCCCCCACACACACACACACCAUCAUCAGCCUUUGAAGUCUCAGAGAGAAGUUGCCUGUGCAGCUCCACUCUUCCCCAGGGCUCGUGGCCCAGCCAUUUCCCACAGAGAUCUGGCUGUCUUGAGGGCAUUCACCUACCACCAGCUUCAGGGCCUCACCCCAGCUUUGCAGUAGGAAGCACAGAAGGAGAAAUGACAUUUAACAGAAUGUGAGCAGAGGUUGGGAAUCACCUGAUGCCCUGCUAGAAGGAGCUAUGCUUAAACAAACUGGCUCUACCCCUGCCUUCCCCAUUACCUAGCUGAGGGGGAGGAGGACUAUCUUCAGCCCCAGCUAGUGUGGCCCUCCUCCUGUCCUAAGACUUUGGCCUACCACUUCCUGUUUCAUCUUGCCUUUUCACUGCUGGGAGUUACAGGUGCCUACCCUAAGGGCUUCACACUAUGGGCCAUGAAUAGCUCUACUAAAGCUGAGUUCUGGAUACAUGUUUUAUUAUUGGGGGGAGGGGGUUGUUGUUAUAUUUUAAAUGGCCUUUUGAUUUUAUUUAUUUUUAUGUCUUGAUGGUUUUUUUCUGUUUUUUAACUAAUAAGGUAAGAAGAGGGGAGUUGGAGAGGGAAAAGUUAGCCCAGAAGGAAAGCAUUUUCUGCAGAUCAGCCUGAAUUCAUCAUGGCUAGGUAAGCAAGUGCCAAGGCCUUGAAUUCUUCCCACCAUAGCUAACAAGUGUCUAAGGAAGGAGUUCUCACUUCUAACUCAGUUUCCCCACUGUGGCCUGGCCAUAUACUUCCCUUGAAGUCUGGAUGACCAUGAGCUUAGAGUUCCCCAACAGGCUUCAACUGCUUCUUAUUUUUUCUUGAAACCAAAGAAAUCUGAAAGGGACAAAGGUUCACCCAUUUCUCUACCAUUUCCAAGCUAAGGAAGGCGUAGAGGUGAUCUCAGGAAGAGCUCCUCUAUCUAAUUGUUUUCUUAUCCUGUGGCCUGGCUCGAGUAGCCGAAAUUCAUGGUAGCUGGAAGCUCCAGCCAGGGCCAGCCCGCCAGAGCAAGUUAUAAUCCAGCCGGGAUCUUAGGCACACAAAUAAUGAAUGCUGCUGCUGUGGCCACCCGGUAGCCAGUUUCUAUCCUGGAAAAGCCCUCAGGUGGGUGAUGGCAGGAAGGGAGUUGUGGCCAAAUGCUGCCCUGUUACCCAGCUCAGUCUUCUGUUCCUUGCUAACUGGGGCCCAUGCUUGGUAUUGCACAGCCCUGUGCAGCCAACCCGGCAUUGCCAUCGCUUCUAGUUACUGCUCAGUUCCUCAGGGUCCUUGGAGGUUAACUGUAGCAGCAGGGGUGCCUCAUUCAACCAAAGAAUUUGCCAAGGAACUUUGCUGCUGCCACAAAUACUGGUUGCUAGCUUCCGUUUCCUCUUCAUUGUAUUUGGAAACAAUGGAAGAAUCUUGGCCAGCAGGGUGUCCUGUGGGGAGGGGUGCCCUGAGUAUGCUCAGUACACUGCUGCUGUCAGAACCACUGUUAAAAUGUCAACCUGCCAUUCUCCCAUCAAGUGGAGGAUUCUACUCUAUUCAGGAAGGCUGAUGGCUUAUAAAGGGCUAGGUUUACCUAAGCCAAGGUUGCAUGAGAUGGGGGAAUGCUUUGAAUAGAGGCUGUGGUUGCCAUCUUUUUUUUUUUUU